CCACCUACUUCCGCUGUCCCCACCUCUUUUCUUCCGCCACCCGGAUAUGAGCCGUUCUCGCGAGAGCCGUCCCUCUUUCUAAGCCGGCGAUCCGUCAGGGUGAAGCCAUGUUCAGCUCGAGCGCCAAGAUCGUGAAGCCCAAUGGCGAGAAGCCGGACGAGUUCGAGUCUGGCAUCUCUCAGGCGCUGCUCGAGCUGGAGAUGAACUCCGAUCUCAAGGCGCAGCUGCGGGAACUCAACAUCACCGCAGCCAAGGAAAUCGAAGUUGGUGGUGGUCGGAAAGCUAUCAUAAUUUUUGUACCAGUUCCUCAGCUUAAAUCUUUCCAGAAAAUCCAAGUCCGGCUAGUUCGUGAAUUGGAGAAAAAGUUCAGUGGCAAGCACGUGGUCUUCAUUGCUCAGAGGAGGAUUCUGCCCAAGCCAACCCGGAAAAGCCGUACGAAAAAUAAGCAGAAGCGCCCCAGAAGCCGUACCCUGACAGCAGUGCACGACGCCAUCCUUGAGGACUUAGUCUUCCCAAGUGAAAUUGUGGGUAAGAGGAUCCGUGUGAAACUGGAUGGCAGCCGGCUCAUAAAAGUUCACUUAGACAAAGCACAGCAGAACAACGUGGAACACAAGGUUGAAACUUUUUCUGGUGUGUACAAGAAGCUCACAGGCAAGGAUGUUAAUUUUGAAUUCCCAGAGUUUCAGUUGUAAAGAAAAUGACUGAAUAAAGUGUCAUUCAUAGUAUUUGGUUGUAGUAACUUGUCAAAAUCUCAGGGCCAUGGGUGCACGACAGCAGUAGCUUCUUGAAUGAACUGAAGUUUUCAAGAGGUGCCUGGAAGGUGAAAAACACACUGAAGCCAGUCAUGUUGAUAUGGGGGCAUUCUGCUGCUGUGAAACAGACUGGGGUUCACACCCACCUUGCGGGAUUAGAACUUCACUGCCCUCCAACUUCUUUCUUUGUAAACAACUGUCCACAUUUU